UGACGUCACGGUCAGCCCACGUUCUGAUUGUAGAUACCCGGCGCCUUCCUCUUCCCAUCGCGGCGGUUCCUCGCUACCGGUGCCUCCCUCUAACAUCCUCCUCGGCUCCGUUGGCCACGGGCGCUCCUGCAGCCGCCGCGCUGCUUCUCAAAGCUGCUGCUGCCCCUCGGACUACGAGGUCACCUUCCCAGAAGCCUCUCUGGUUCAGGUUGGUCUGUCACCGUGCUGGUCACUUGGGGUCCUAUUUCCAGGUCCUGAAACUGUGAGAUCUCCCUUACUGAGUCAGGCAUCUCUGUAACAUUGUCCAAACUAAGAAAGCAAAUAGAGGAAACAUUUUGUGGAGAGAAACUUACAAAAAUACCUGCUCUGUGGCUAUGACCUAAAGGUGAAUGCUCUGAGCUCUGGAUGAAAAGUAUGGAGUUUCUUCCUAACAGAUGGGAGUAGGUAAUGUACCUUUGAGCAAGUUUUAAAAUGGAAAAUUUUGAUGCAUCACUUAGUACCUAUUUCAAGGCAUUGCUAGGCCCCCGAGAUACCAGAGUAAAAGGAUGGUUUCUUCUGGACAAUUAUAUACCUACUUUUAUCUGCUCUGUCAUAUACUUACUAAUUGUAUGGCUGGGACCAAAAUACAUGAAGAAUAGGCAGCCGUUCUCUUGCCGGGGAAUUUUAGUGGUGUAUAACCUUGGCCUCACAUUGCUGUCUCUCUAUAUGUUCUGUGAGUUAGUGAAAGGAGUAUGGGAAGGCAGGUACAACUUCUUCUGUCAAGGCACUCGCAGCGCAGGAGAAGCAGAUAUGAAGAUUAUCCGUGUCCUCUGGUGGUACUAUUUCUCCAAGCUCAUUGAAUUCAUGGACACCUUCUUCUUCAUCUUACGGAAGAACAACCACCAGAUCACAGUCCUGCACGUCUACCACCACGCCUCCAUGCUGAACAUAUGGUGGUUUGUGAUGAACUGGGUCCCCUGCGGCCACUCUUACUUCGGUGCCACACUGAACAGCUUCAUCCAUGUCCUCAUGUACUCGUACUACGGUCUGUCGUCCGUCCCUUCCGUGCGCCCAUACCUCUGGUGGAAGAAGUAUAUCACUCAGGGGCAACUGCUGCAGUUUGUGCUGACAAUCAUCCAGACCAGCUGCGGGGUCCUCUGGCCGUGCACGUUCCCUCUUGGGUGGCUCUACUUCCAGAUCGGAUACAUGAUCUCUCUGAUCACUCUCUUCACAAACUUCUACGUUCAGACUUACAACAAGAAGGGGGCCUCUCGGAGGAAAGAGCACCUGAAGGACCACCAGAACGGGUCCGUGGCUGCUGUGAACGGACACACCAACAGCUUUUCUUCCCUGGAAAACAACGUGAAGCCGAGGAAGCAACGGAAGGAUUGACGCCGAAGAGUUGAAAAACCUCCAAAACCCAUCGUCUGAUUGUAAGCACAGUAUGAGUUGUGCCCGAUGCUUGUUAACAGCUGCUGUAACUAGUCCGGCCUACAAUAGCGCGAUUCAUGUAGGACCUCUUUCAUCAGUUCAAAACCCCUAGAAAAUGUAUACAGAUUAGACACGUAGGCAUAAGAUUUUUAACAUUUCUGGGCUCUCACCGACCACUGCGCUAAACUGUGGAGGGCGUAUUAUUGUAGUAUACAACACUGCUGUUGCCUUAUUAGUUAUAACAUGAUAGGUGCUGAAUUGUGAUUCACAAUUUAAAAACACUGUAAUCCACACUUUUUUUUUUUUUACUGUAGAUCAUGCAUGUGAUUGUAAAUUUGUACAAUGUUGUUACAGUAGACAAACACACAUGCCUUAAAAUUUAAAAAGCAGGGCCCAAAGCUUAUUAAUUUAAAUUAGGUAUGUUUCAAGUUUUUAUUCGUUUUUAAUAGCUCUGUUCAGAAAAAAAUCAAAGACCGUGAUUUAUGAAACUAGCGUGUGACACAUAAUUUCAAGUGACUUGUAUGUGUGAAAUCAGAAACGGCACCUUCAGUUUUAUAAUAUUGGCUUUAAAUCAGGCAGGCUCAAAUCUAGUGGAAGGUCAGUUUAACUUUUUAACAGAUCUUAUUUUUUUAUUUUGAGCGCCACUAUUGAUAAUGUAAAGGGGGGGGCUCUAAAGCAGUCUUGAUGAAACCUAAAUAUAUAUUCUUUGUCUUCAAGAUUUUGGAAAGUAUGUAGGAUGAGUAGGACAUUUAAAAUUUCUGAAGUGCUAAGUGUUUUUAUACGGGAAACAAUGCCCACUUUGCUUUCCACUCAUGAAAGAGAGGAUGUAUACUUUUCAAAAGAGAUAAUUGAAUAUUUACCAUUUGACAGAAUUCCAUAGAUGAGCAAUGGGUCCAAAUUUGGAUUGGUUUCUGUACUGCUCUCUGUUUUGACACAAACUUCUUUUAAAAUGUGCCUAGCUUAUAAAAAUGAAUGAAGGGGGAAAAAGGGACCUUAAAAAAAAUUUAAGGUAAAAUUAAACAGAUAGCUACAAUGUAAGAGAACUGGGAAAUUGCAUAGAGAUAAUUUGUUUAGUGUAAAUCUAAUAGUACCUGUAAUUUUCUUUUUCUGCUUAGGAUCUAAAGACCUGUGUAGAACUGCUUAUUUAAAAAUGAGACUGCUUAUCAUAAAAUCACGUCUCUCACCCUGGAGGCAGUGGUCAAACAGAUAAGGACUAUUGUGCGUGUCAUUUUAAAGUGUUGGAAUUUAGUCUCUGAAUACCUUCUCCACUGGGAGAAAAAACAGUCAUUGAACCACUCGUGACACAUCUUAGAAGGUCAUUGACAAUGUGUAAACUAAUUGUUGGUUUGAUAUUUAUGUAAAUAUCAGUUUACCAUGCUUUAAUUUUGCACAUUCAUAUUACAGGGAGCUGAUUGGUUCUCUUAUUAGUUUUGCGGGUUUUCUGUUUGGAGGGAGUCACAGCAUCUGUUUACAUUUACCUUAUCAAAUCUAGAAUGUGUAUAUUUGUAAAUGUAUGUCUUCCUAGGUACUAGUUUGCAAAUGUCUUUACAUAUUUCAAUACAGAAACUAUAACAUUCAGUAGUGUGCUGUCAAAGUGUGCUUUAGCUCAUCUGAAUAUACCCACACUGUUAAAUAAUGUCUAAACAUUAAUCAUUAAAACGUUUUUGAUUACCUGUG